CUCCUUGUGCACCAGGAUAUAGUUACAGUUCAUUUACUUAGCUCCACAGAAGCCAGACAGCACAGCACCAUGCCUAUGACUCUGGGUUACUGGGACAUCCGUGGGUUGGGUCAAGCCAUCCGUCUGCUCCUGGAAUACACAGGUUCAAGCUAUGAGGAGAAGAGAUACACCAUGGGGGACGCUCCCGACUAUGACAGAAGCCAGUGGCUGAGUGAGAAGUUCAAACUGGGCCUGGACAUUCCUAAUCUGCCCUACUUAAUCGAUGGGUCACACAAGAUCACCCAGAGCAAUGCCAUCCUGCGCUACCUUGGCCGGAAGCACAACCUGUGUGGAGAGACAGAAGAAGAGAGACUCCGUGUGGACAUUUUGGAGAACCAGGCCGUGGACACUCGUAGGCAGCUUUCAAUGGUCUGCUACAGCCCUGAGUUUGAGAAACGGAAGCCAGAGUACUUAGAGGGUCUCCCUGACAAGAUGAAGCUCUACUCUGAGUUCCUGGGCAAGCAGCUAUGGUUUGCAGGGAACAAGAUUACCUAUGUGGAUUUCCUUGUUUAUGAUGUCCUCGAUAAGCACCGUAUGUUUGAGCUCAAGUGCCUGGACGCCUUUCCAAAUCUGAAGGACUUCAUGGCUCGAUUUGAGACCCUUGAGAAGAUCUCUGCCUACAUGAAGUCCAGCCGCUUCCUUUCAGGCCCUGUGUAUUUGAAGACAGCGCUGUGGGGUAACAAGUAGAGCGCCCGUAAUACCAGGGCCAGGAGGAGAUUUACCUCUAUGCUUGCGGUCCAUGGUCUGGGGCCCAUCUGCGUCCCCGGGCAUCUCUGUAUCAGUCUUCCCACCUCCGUUCUUCUCUGAAAGGUGUUAGUGACUCCGCUUUCUACCCAGCCUUUCUGUAAGGGGAGGUUCUCAAACUCAGGUCUAGUUCCCUAAUUGGUUCUUGAUGUGUCAAUAAAGAAGGCUGGGAGCCAAUUGCUGGGCGGAAGGUAUAGGUGGGACUUCCGGGUCCCAAGAGAAAAAGGAGAUUCAGGGAAAGAUAGAGGGGCUUUUUCUGCUGUGCUUCGGAGUAAGAAGGUAACAGUCAUGUAAGGUCUUCCGGCAGCUAGGGCCUGUGGCCUCCGCAACAGGCGGAUAGCCAAGGAUGUUGGCAGGGGCUGGCUGAUACAAGUCACUAAGUUUAGGGCAGAGGGAGAUGGAGAUAAUAAACUGGUAAGAGCACGCCUUUCCAGGCCGUUGUUAUCUGAGCCCAGCAAUUGUGCCUAGCAGGCAAAUUCUAAAGUAAUAAAGCUGUUUGUGUGUCUUUUAGCUUUGAAUUCCAGGGUCGCAGGAAUGGGCUAGUAACACAACCACUCAGGAGCUAAGCUGGAUGGAACAAGGGAGUCAGGAGGGGCCAGAGCGCUGGGUGUGGUCCCAGGCAAAAGGCAGUAGCCUGUUUUUAAAACUACACACAACACCUCUCCCCAAGCCAAACCUCUGUUCACCCCAGUUCCCCAUUCCUUCAGAGUCUCUUCCUCUCCUUUCUUGUCUUUGUCCUGGAUCCAAGUAGCCCUCCGCUUUGCUGGGGUGAUGAAGGGAUGCACUUGACUCUGGUUCCCCAGCACUGCCAGAGAAUCCAACCUUGUGCAUGUGGAGGCACUCCUCUUCAGUGGGAGGCUGCCCUGCACUGCCAGAAAGACCAGCUCUCUAGUUUGCAAAUCUUGGUCCCCAACAUGAGACUGUCCAGCCGUUUUUGAUCCCCAAUGAAGUCUGAACCACAUUUGCUCUGUGUCUUAUUACCUGUGUCUCUCAGGACAAACCAUGUUGACUUGGUUGGGUGGCCUUUGUUAUGUUGUCCACAGAAGGGCAGGGAUGUGUGUGUGGGAUCUUGAUGGCCACACAGAGUAUAAGAUUGCUUACAAUUCUUAAUGUUCCUUGCCAUUAAUUCUGUGUUGCCCACCUGGACUCCUAAGAGGAGGGUGCUGCUUCUGUGAUGGGGUUCCUCACUAGUCAGCAGUCACAGUGCCACCACAGCCAUGGACAGAGGUUCUGGGCUGAUGGGAGAGGCUCCAUUAGGCCAAGUAGCUUUUGUUUCCUUCUCCCAGCUGCUUUCCCUAAACUAGACAUCUCUCCUCCUAUUCUCAGGAUGUUUCCCCAAAAGUGGCCCCCACCAUUUUCAGUUUGUGACUGUGUAUUUUACCUUACUCUGUCCUAAGCUAAUCAAAGGGAAAAUGCAGGUCUUGUUAGAUUUUUCCUAAUAUGCAAAGCCUGAGAGAAUACCUCAGAUAUGCCCAGAUUUGUCUAGCCAGAAAUUCCAAAUAGAAUGUUUCAAAUGAAAAGAAAGACAUGUUAAGGAGUGAGAAUAAAAUAUUAGAAGGUUGUGCUGGACAGUUUAUGUCAACGACGCAAUUGCGAGUCAGCUGAGAGGAGGGAGCCUCAGUAGAGAAAAUGCCUUCAUCGAGCAAGCCGUGAGGAGCAAGCCAGUAAGCAGCACCCCUCCAUGGCCUCUGCAUCAGCUCCUGCCUCCAGGUUUCUGCCCUGCUUCAGUUCCUGUCCUCACUGAUUUUGACGAUGUUAUAUGGAACUGUGAGUGAAAUAAACCCUCUCCUCCCCAA